AUGGCUGCUUCGUGCCAAGAACCCAAAGUGGUUGUCGUGGCCGCCCUAGCAUGUCCUCCUCCUCCUCUGAGGGAUCAAGAACCGGUGAAUAACAAACGUGGGUGCGACUUCAAUGGCGAGAUGAUCUGGGCUUCCAAGAAGCAACGCUCGUCCAUCGCUGCAGUUCGUGAGCAUGGCAAUGCGAUUGCUGAGGUGAAGAGGGCUGCGGCUGCUGCCACGUCGCCCCCAAUUGCACAGGCGAAGAGGGCUGCCGCUGCUGCAACUGCUGCCACGUCGUCCCCGAUUGUGCAAGAACAGAAAGGCCACGCUCCGUGGGGGUGCAUUGGUGUGGCCCUGGAUGAGAAGAAAGAAGAAAAGCUCCGGCAUUGCAUGUUCGCGGCCCCUGUUUGUGGUUUGGAUGGUCUGCACGGAGAUUGGGAGGUUACUGCCCCGAACAUUGCAUUGCGGUCUUGCCGACAUGUGGAUCGUGAUCAGCGCCGUAGUGCUGAGGACGAAUGCUGGCUGAUCAAGAGGAGCCGCCCUUGCCCUUCCACCAUGGCUGUUUGUGAGGGCAGCAACAGAAUAAUGCCAUCAGCUCAGUCGACAGAAAUCCAGGAACCGACAAGUAGGAGCAACCCUGUGCAAGAAGCAAAGGCUGCUGGUGAGCAUGGUCGCGAGACUGCCAAUUCUUCUGGUCGUUCUAAUACUCCAAUGCGACCUUUCAUGAGCUUGAGCCACGGCCUUCAAUUCUUGGGCGUGACCGAUGUGACACCAAUUCUUGCCAGGACGCUAACUGCCACAGAUUGCCGCUUGGACCAGUCCCGCAUGCAAUUCUCACCUCGGGAGGUCAUUGAUUCACCGUUGUUCAGCAUUCUUACAACAGAUGAGCAUAGAUUUGUGCAUCAAUGGGACGGUCAGAAGGGACUAGAGUUGGAGGCCAUUGAUCGACAUGGUUAUUCCUACAACAUGAGGUUCAAGUAUGUCUAUAGUGCCAGGCAAUACCGCCUUAUGCAAGCAUGGGUACCUUUCUUGAGACAGAAUGGCGUGCGCCAGGGGGAUCUGGUCGAGGUUGGGGCUUUCCGUGUUGAUGGGAAGCCCGUGCUAACGUUGUUGAACUAUGCAACAGAGGGGUGGAUUCCUGAAGAGAUAGAGGCAGCAAAAGGCUUGUUGAUGCUGUCAGAUUGCAACAAUGGAACAAAGUCUUAG